GCGGCCUGUGACGCUCGAUCUUGGUCGCGUUGAGGCCACAGCGGCCACCCGGGCCCCCGGGGGAGCAUCAUGCUCCGCGUCCAAUGGGUGCGGUCCGCGGCGGCGCGCGUCACGGCGCGGCGCUUCAGCGGGGUCAAGUAUGAGACGCUGAGCGUCGGGAUUCCCAAGGAGACGACGGACCUCGAGAAGCGCGUCGCGGCGUCGCCGGCGACGGUGGCGCUGAUGAAGAAGGCGGGCUUCGGCGACGUGCGCGUCGAGAGCGGCGCCGGCGCCCUCGCGACCUACGCCGACGCGGACUACGCCGCGGCGGGCGCGACGAUCGUCGACGCGGGCGCCGCGCUCGGGUCGGACGUCGUGCUCAAGCUGCGGCCCCCGAGCGCCGGCGAGGUCGCGCAGCUCGGCGACGGCAAGACCUUGGUGUCCUUCGUCUACCCGGGCCAGAACGAGGCGCUCGUCGAGUCGCUCGCGGCGAAGAAGUCGACGGUCUUCGCGAUGGACUGCAUCCCCCGGACGCUGUCGCGCGGCCAGACCUACGACGCCCUGUCGAGCCAGGCGAACAUCAGCGGCUACCGCGCCGUCGUCGAGGCGUCCAACGAGUUCGGCCGCUUCUUCGCGGGCCAGAUGACGGCCGCGGGCAAGGUGCCGCCGGCGAAGGUCCUCGUGCUCGGCGGCGGCGUCGCGGGCCUCGCGGCGAUCCAGGCCGCGAAGAACAUGGGCGCCGUCGUCCGCGGCUUCGACGUCCGCGCGGCGGCGGCGGAGCAGAUCGAGGCCAUGGGCGCGACGUUCCUCAAGGUCGACUUCGAGGAGGACGGCUCCGGCGCGGGCGGCUACGCCAAAGAGAUGAGCGCCGAGUGGCACGCGGCCGCCGCGGCCAUGCUCGCGAAGCAGUGCGCCGAGGUCGACAUCGUGAUCACGACGGCCCUCAUCCCCGGGCGCAAGGCGCCCGUGAUGAUCACGGAGGACAUGGUCGCGGCGAUGGGCGCGGGCUCCGUGACCGUGGACCUCGCCGCGGAGGCGGGCGGCAACGUCGCGACGACCGUCAAGGACGCCAGGAUCGUCACGCCCAACGGCGUCACGUGCCUGGGCUACACGGACCUGCCGAGCCGCCUCGCGCGGACGUCGUCGGACCUCUACGCGAACAACAUCACGAAGUUCAUGCUGAGCAUCGGCCCCUUCACGACCAAGGUCAAGGACGAGUUCGCCGUGGACUACGAGGACGAGGCCGUGCGCGGCAUGCUCGUCCUGGACCAGGGGUCCUUGACGUGGCCGCCGCCGCCGCCCGCGCCGCCCGUCGUCGCGGCCGCGGCCGCGGAGGCCGACGUCGAGGAGGCGCCGCCGCCGCCGCCGCCGCCGCAGCCCUACGACGUCUACAUGCAGUCGGCGCUGCGCACGUCCGGCGGCGCGGCCGCCAUGCUCGCGCUCGGCGGCGGCAUCGCGCCGCCGAUCCUCGCGACGUUCUCGCUGUCGACGAUCAUCGGCUACUACACGGUCUUCGGCGUCGCGCCGGCGCUCCACUCGCCCCUCAUGGCCGUGACGAACGCCAUCAGCGGCAUGACGGCCGUCGGCGGCCUCACGCUCGUCGGCGGCGGCGUCGUGCCGUCGACGGGCGCGCAGGUGCUCGGCGCGACGGCCGUGGGCAUCUCCACGGUGAACAUCGUCGGCGGCUUCCUCGUGACGAAGAAGAUGCUGGACCUCUUCAAGCGGCCCGACGACCCCGACGAGCACUACGAGCUCUACGCGAUCCCCGUCGUCGGGUCGCUGGGCGCCUACGGCGUCGCGGGCAUGGCCGGCCUCGGCGACCUCGCGCCCGUCGUGUCGCUCAUGAGCGGCCUGUGCUGCAUCGGCGGCAUCGCGGGGCUGAGCGACCAGAACACGGCGCGCGCGGGCAACGCGCUGGGCCAGGCGGGCGUCGCCCUGGGCAUGGGCGCGACGCUCGGGACGCUUCACCCGGACCCGGGCACGGCGCUGCAGAUCGCGGGGCUCCUGGGCGUCGGCGGCGGCGCGGGCUACGUCAUCGCGUCGAACGUCGGGCCGACGUCGCUGCCCCAGACCGUCGCCGCGUUCCACUCCCUCGUCGGCAUCGCGGCGGCGGCGACGGCCGUCGGCGAGUACAUGCACCUCGCGGAGCACUGCCCGCCGUCGGGCAUGGCCAUCGACGGCGUCACGAACGCGUCGCUCUACCUCGCGACGUGGAUCGGCGGCAUCACGGCGACGGGCUCCGUCGUCGCCUUCGGCAAGCUCAACGGCAAUUUGGGGUCGGCGGCGCUCCAGCUGCCGAACCGCGACCAGAUCAACAUGGCCAUGGGCGCCGCGUCGCUGGGCGCGGGCGCGCUCUUCAUGGCGAACCCGUCGCCGGCGACGGGCCUGGCGUGCCUCGGCGCGGCGACGGGCCUCUCGGGCGCUUUGGGCCUCCACAUGACGGCGUCGAUCGGCGGCGCGGACAUGCCCGUCGUCAUCACGGUGCUCAACUCCUACAGCGGCUGGGCGCUCUGCGCCGAGGGCUUCAUGCUCGACAACCCGCUCCUGACCAUCGUCGGCGCGCUCAUCGGCUCGAGCGGCGCGAUCCUCACGCACAUCAUGUGCGAGGCCAUGAACCGCGACAUCGGCUCCGUGAUCCUCGGCGGCUUUGGCGAGGCGGCCAAGGGCCCGGCCAUGGAGAUCACGGGCGAGCACACGGAGAUCGACGUCGACCAGUGCGUCGCCAUGCUCAAGGACGCGUCCGACGUCAUCAUCGUGCCCGGCUACGGCCUCGCCGUCGCCAAGGCGCAGUACGCCGUCGCGGACAUCGCCAAGGCGCUCGGCGACGCGGGCAUCCGCACGCGCUUCGCCAUCCACCCCGUCGCGGGCCGCAUGCCCGGCCAGCUCAACGUGCUCCUCGCCGAGGCGGGCGUCGACUACGAGAUCGUCGAGGAGAUGGAGGACAUCAACGACGACUUCCCGGAGUGCGACGUCGCCAUGGUCAUCGGCGCGAACGACACCGUCAACAGCGCCGCGCUCGAGGACCCCAACUCCCUCAUCGCGGGCAUGCCCGUCAUCGAGGUCUGGAAGGCGAAGCAGUCCAUCGUCAUGAAGCGCUCCAUGGGCGUCGGCUACGCCGGCGCGGACAACCCGGUCUUCUACAAGCCCAACAACGCCAUGCUCCUCGGCGACGCCAAGGCCACGUGCGACGCCAUCCGCGCCAAGCUCGCCUAG